CCAUUGGCCUGAUUAGCACAGCUUAGCAAUGCGCGGAGCUCCUGUCAGAGCCCAUUAUGUUAGUUGGGACCGGAAUGGAUUAAAUCCCAGGCAGUGACCUCAUCUCCAUUUCCUUCACUAGUAAAACGCAGAAACUAAGCUUGCAUUCACACUAUUGUAUAAAAAUCCUAUAGAUGUAUGCUGCACAUUGACGCAUGCUCCUGUAUGUUCCCUAUGGCAUUGGCCUUUGCUUGUGCUGCCUGUGCAUUUUCCUAGCUGACUCCAUAAGCCCCCACACUAUAGCAUUUCCCCUUUAACCGAGGGACGAUGUAUGUUACAAACACUCUUGCUGCGAUGCUUGGUCCAAUCAUUAUCUGUGGCUUCAGCUAUUGGCUCAAAGCUAUUGACUGUCUGACACCAUCUGCAAAGCUGCAAUCUCGACUCUCUUCAGAUCCUUUCAGCACACGACUGGAGUCAGCCAACGGGACUAUCUCUGCUUUAAGCAGAAUCCCAUCUUGUUAACCUAAUUUACUAUAAGAAAUGCAGACAGCUAUACGCGCUCCUCGUUCUGCCGCUGCUGCACAGUAGGUGGCCCCAGCUGUGCCGUGUCUGAAGGGAAUAAAAUAGGAGACAUGCUCCGAAAAGAUUUAUCACAUCAAGUGAUGGAUCAAACUUGAAGUCACAUUUCUGCCAAAAAAAAAAAGUCACAGCUUUUUUUUUUCCAUUUUUUUUUUUUUGUGUGUGUCUGUGUGUAAUAUACCUUUUUGGAUUUCUGGGAUAUUUUACUUUUUAAGCUGCUGGGCUGCAUGAACUGAUGGUAGAUGCCAAAGAAAAGAACAUGAAAUGUCUCACUUUUUUCUUGAUGCUUCCAGAAACGGUGAAGAAUCGGUCCAAAAAAGGUCCCAAAAAGGCUAGUUCCAGUAGUGGCAGCAAGUUACCUCCAGUUUGCUAUGAAAUUAUUACAUUAAAAAAUCGAAAAAAGAAGAAGAUGGCUGCAGAGAUCUUUCCGAGCAAGAAGCCGGCCAACAGCAACUCAAACUCUGUGCAGCAAUAUCACCAGCAAAACCUGAACAACAAUAACACCAUCCCAUCCCCGAACUGGCAAGGGCUGUACGGUACCAUCCGAGAGAGGAACGCUGUGAUGUUUAAUAAUGAAUUGAUGGCAGAUGUGCAUUUUGUGGUGGGACCCCCGAGUGGGACUCAAAGCUUGCCAGGUCAUAAGUAUGUCCUAGCUGUUGGGAGUUCGGUGUUCCAUGCAAUGUUUUACGGAGAGCUUGCAGAGGACAAAGAUGAAAUCCGUAUACCAGAUGUUGAACCUGCUGCUUUCCUCGCAAUGCUGAAGUACUUGUAUUGUGAUGAAAUUGACUUGGCUGCUGACACCGUUCUGGCAACUCUGUACGCUGCUAAAAAAUAUAUCGUUCCCCAUCUUGCCAGAGCUUGUGUCAACUUCCUAGAAACCAGCUUAAGUGCAAAGAAUGCCUGUGUUCUCCUGUCUCAAAGCUGCCUGUUUGAAGAACCUGAUCUGACCCAGAGAUGUUGGGAAGUGAUUGAUGCGCAGGCAGAGCUGGCUUUAAAAAGCGAAGGCUUUUGCGACAUUGACUUUCAAACGCUGGAAAGUAUCCUUAAUAGAGAGACUCUGAACGCCAAAGAAAUAGUCGUCUUUGAGGCGGCUCUCAGUUGGGCCGAAGUUGAAUGUCAACGUCAAGAGUUAACACCCACGAUCGAGAACAAGAGGAAAGUUUUGGGCAAAGCCCUUUACUUAAUUCGCAUCCCAGCGAUGGCGCUUGAUGACUUUGCCAAUGGCGCGGCCCAGUCCGGAGUGUUGACUCUUAAUGAAACAAAUGAUAUAUUUCUUUGGUAUACCGCUGCUAAGAAACCAGAUUUAGAUUUUGUAAGCAAACCCCGAAAGGGUCUUGUCCCUCAGAGAUGCCACCGUUUUCAGUCAUGUGCCUACCGUAGCAACCAGUGGCGUUACAGAGGCCGUUGUGACAGCAUUCAGUUCUCUGUGGAUAAAAGGGUAUUUAUUGCAGGUUUUGGCCUUUAUGGUUCCAGCUGCGGGUCAGCUGAAUAUAGCGCAAAAAUCGAACUGAAACGCCAGGGUGUGAUAUUAGGACAGAAUCUGAGCAAAUAUUUUUCAGAUGGAUCCAGCAACACCUUUCCUGUCUGGUUUGAGUACCCUGUGCAAAUUGAACCAGAUACUUUCUACACGGCCAGCGUGGUCCUGGAUGGCAAUGAGUUGAGCUACUUUGGACAGGAAGGAAUGACUGAGGUACAGUGCGGAAAAGUAACUGUGCAGUUUCAGUGCUCCUCAGACAGCACCAAUGGCACCGGGGUGCAAGGAGGACAGAUACCCGAACUUAUUUUCUAUGCCUAACAGAAAUAUAUUGUAGAGUCUAAAAGACCCAUUGUGCAGUGCAAUGAGACUAGACCAAAUGGGAUGUAUCUAUAUAUAAAUUAUUGUGAGAAUGCCACCUAUAUCUAGUUAGCUGUUUGGUAUAGAUUCCACUUGUACAGUAAUAUUGUAAAUUAAAGGCACUUUCUAAAAUAGUUUCUAAACUUUCAUUAACCUGAAGCUAGCUUAAUGCAGAAAAGAUAUUUUGAUAAAUGCAUCCUAUCUUUAUUUUAUUUACUGUUAGUUUAUUUCUAAAGACCAUUAAAGUGUACCUGUUGUUUGCAAAAGCUUUUUAUAAUGUAGAUAAUAGCAUUAUAUGUAUAUUUAUAAUAUACAAUGUUUAAAAAAAAUGUGUAUUUUUGUCCUCAGUGCACAGAGCCCUGCUUGUCCUCAGUGCACAGUGAUGUGUACCGGGUCAUGGGACGUCACAGGUCAAUUUCUGCAAAUCGGUGUUUUCCAAACAGCAUGUCCUAAACUGUUGCAAAACUACAACUCCCAGCAUGCUGGAUGUUGUAGUUUUGCAACAACAGGAGACAUACUCUUUGGAAAACACUGUUGUAAACUAUGCAGAUUUACUGGACAGAAACUAAAUACACCCUUUGUGACCCAAACCCUGUGGUAAAUUCUAGAUCUGAGCAGGUUAAAAAAAAUGCAGUACAGUAAAAAUAUCUGCAGUACCGUACUGGACGAAUAGAUGAGAUUUUACAAACCUUGCCCACAUGCUGAGAACAUUUUUCAUUUCUACAUCUUGUCAAUUUUAGUUGCAGAUUAAAUCUGCUUUGAUUGUAUGUCUUUUUUAAAAAGGACAUUUGUUCUGUAUGAAAUCAUUUCAUCAUGUAAAUCAUGUUACCAUCUUCAACCCAUGUUUCUGUGAUAUUGGGAUUUUACUAUUUGGUUGACUAUUUGCACUUUUCCCUGAAUAGUCAGGUGCGUCUGAAUUUAUCUUUAAGAAGGGGUGUGAAUGUGAGGCUGAGGGGGUGUGACUCCAACUUGCAGUCCAUGGGAGGAGAUUUAUCAAAACCUGUGUAGAGGAAGAGUGGUGCAGUUGCCCAUAGCAACCAGAUUCCUUUUACACAGGUUUUAAUUUACCUCCCCCGGAGCCUAGUCUGCACCUUCCUUUUAUAAAACAAAAUUAGGUUCCCCCUCAUUUGACUAUUCAUGGGAAAAAUGUAGACAGUCAACUAUAUACUAAAAUAAAUUUGGUCAGCCACCAGUUGUGCAAGUUCUCCUACUUAAAAACAUGAGAGGCCUGUAAUUUUCAUUAUAGGUAUACCUCAACUAUGAGAGGCAUAAUGAAGAAAAAAUCCAUAAAAUCAUUGUCUGAUUUUUAAAGAAUUUAUUUGCAAAUUAUGGUGGACAAUAAGUAUUUGGUCACCUACAAACAAGCAAGAUUUCUGUCUCUCACAGACCUGUAACUUCUUCUUUAAGAGUCUUCUCUGUCCUCCUUAUGUUACCUGUAUUAAUGGCACCUGUUUGAACUUAUCAGUAUAAAAGACACCUGUCCUCAACCUCAAACAGUCACACUCCUAACCCCACUAUGGCCAAGACCAAAGAGCUGUUGAAGGACAGCAGAAACAAAAUUGUAGACCAGGCGGGGAAGACUGAAUCUGCAAUAGGUAAGCAGCUUGGUGUGAAUAAUUCAGCUGUUUGAGCAAUUAUUAUGAAAUGGAGGACAUACAAGACCACUGAUACUCUCCCUCUAUCUGGGGCUCCAUGCAAGAUCUCGCCCCAUGGUGUCAAAAUGAUCACUAGAACGGUAAGCAAAAAUCCCAAAACCACGGGGGAGGGGGGGGGCCUUGUGAAUGACCUGCAGGGAGCUGGGACCAAAGUAACAAAGGCUACCAUCAGUAACACACUAGGGACACACUAGUCCCACCAGGGAAUCAAAUCAUGCAUUGCCAGACUUGUCCCCCUGCUUAUGCCAGUACAUGUCCGGGCCUGUCUGAAGUUUGCUAGAGAGCAUUUGGAUGAAUGUCAUACGGUCAGAUGAAACUAAAGUAGAACUUUUUGGUAAAAACUCCACUCGUCGUGUUUGGAGGAGAAAGAAUGCGGAGUUGCAUCCGAAAAACUCCAUACCUACUGUAAAGCAUGGGGGUGGAAACAUCAUGCUUUGGGGCUGUUUUUCUGCUAAGGAACCAGGACGACAUGUAUCGUGAGAUUUUGAGUGAAAACCUCCUUCCAUCAGCAAGGGCAUUGAAGAUGAAAUGUGGCUGGGUCUUUCAGCAUAACAAUGAUACCAAACACACCGCCCGGGCAACGAAGGAGUGGCUUCGUAAGAAGCAUUUCAAGGUCUUGGAGUGGUCUGGCUAGUCUCCAGAUCUCAACCCCAUAGAAAGCCUUUGGAGGGAGUUGAAAGUCUGUGUUGCCCAGCGACAGCCCCAAAACAUCACUGCUCUAGAGGAGAUCUGCAUGGAGGAAUGGGCCAAAAUACCAGCAACAGUGUGUGAAAAUCUUGUGAAGACUUACAGAAAACUUUGACCUCCUGUCAUUGCCAACAAAGGGUAAAUAACAAAGUAUUGAGAUGAACUUUUGUUAUUGACCAAAUACUUAUUUUCCCCCAUAAUUUGCAAAUUCUUUAAAAAUCAGACAAUGUGAUUUUAUGUAUUUUUUUCUCUCCUUGUGUCUCUCAUAGUAGAGGUAUACCUAUGAUGAAAAUUACAGGCCUCUCUCAUCUUUUUAAGUGGGAGAACGUGCACAAGUGUGUGUAAAACCACAUUGGAAUUGAGGCAUCAGAGGCUACAAAAUGAUUUGAUAAGUCAAUAUAAAAAGGAUUAUUUAUGACUAUACUAAUUACAGGUCUUCUUAAAAGGGACCCUUUCAUGCUGCCUGAACCAUUCGCCAUGGAGUAUUAAUAGUAUUAAUACCCUUUUAAGUAUAAGAAGCGAUCAAUCAUGGUUUGCAGGCCGGGCUGAAACCAACUGAGACUGACUGCCCUAAUGACGUGGUUCAAGUUGCAUAAAAUUGAUGACCGGUACAUUUUAACAAGACCAAGCUUGGUUUUUUAUUAAAAGCAGUAGAGAUGAGCGAACUUACAGUAAAUUUGAUUCGUCACGAACUUCUCGGCUCGGCAGUUGAUGACUUUUCCUGCAUAAAUUAAUUCAGCUUUCAGGUGCUCCCGUGGGCUGGAGACUCUCUCCUAGGACUGUAUCCACCUUUUCCAGCCCACGGGAGCACCUGAAAGCUGAACUAAUUUAUGCAGGAUAAGUCAUCAACUGCCGAGCCGAGAAGUUUGUGACAAAUCGAAUUUACUGUAAGUUCACUCAUCUCUAAAAAGCAGCAAUAAAUUGCUGUCUCCCCAGACUAGCAAGUAAUAAUAACAUAUUAACCAAAGGAAGAGAGAUUUUUAUUUUAGUAGUAGUAAAAUUAUUUCAGUCGACUUUAUGUGAUAUAUUACAAAAUACAUUUUAGGCUCAGUUUUUUUUUUUUUUUUUUGUUACAUUAAGCGAAUGACAAAAAAAUUCUACCAGGCAUUGUUCUCCUAGCCUGGAGUGUAAAAGUUUUGCUGAAGUUUUUUGCAGAUGACCUCAUUCACAGCCACCACAUUCAUCGCUGUAAUGUUGUGUUGCACUACGAUAAAUCCGGUAUUAUAGGAAAGUAUGGUUGAGAUACAUUGAAAGUUAUAUUCAUGUUGUUUGUAAGUAAGAAAAUUUAUCCUCAAAAUGUGUUUCCCUUAUAUUACCAUUCAAUUGCUCUGUUCCCCAAGCUUCUCCAGCUGAUUUAGUACUACAACUCUCAGCAUGCUCAGCUGGGAAGUCGCCCACUUGGGACAUUGCCUUUGUGCACACAGAAGUCGAGUAUACAGAGUAGUUUUCAUGUCUUCGAGCCAGACAGACUGCCUGCAGAUGUGAGGUCAUAUAAAUAUACAUAUUAUCCCUAUAGGCUCCAUUACAUAUAAAACAAUUUACAUAAGAAUUACUGUUUCUCGUUCUAUGUAAUACAGCAAUUAUUGCUGGAUUGGUACAUGACCACAAUACAUUAUUACCCUAUAUAUGGGGCAUAGAUAUGGUACCCUAUAUAUAUGGGGCACAGAUAUGGUACCAUAUAUAUAAUAUAGCACAGAUAUGGUACCCUAUACACGGGGCACAGAUAUGGUAUACUAUAUACAGGCAGAUUUCAUUCAUUGGUAAAAAAAAUUCCAUUGUCUAAACUGAUAUUUCGACUUUUAUACACUUUUUAUUAUACAGUACAUUUGUUUUGCUUGUCAUGAUAAACUAAGCUGGGAAAUAUCAAUAUUUAUCACCAUUCAUUUGGGGCAUGCUGGGAAUUGUAGUUUUGCAACAGCUGGAUGCACACUGGUUGGGAAACACUGAUGUAGAUCAAAGGACCUUUGUUAGAGAACUAUGUUCCCACAUUCAGGUUCUUAAUUGCAAUUAAUGACUACAAAGCCAGAAAAGACUUCUGUUUUCGAAACCCUUCCUUGCCUUGUAUUCAAUACCUGCAAUUGAAAACCUGAACGUCGGAACACACCCUUAGGGUAUGUUCACACGUCGGAAUGUCCGUGCAGAAUUCCACCGGAAUAUUCCGCACGGACAUUCCGCUGCAGUAGAGUCCCAUUGAUUUCAGUGGGAUUCUGCCGCUCUGUUCAUGCGGAAAUCCUUAUUCCUGUGUCCGUAUAGCCUUGUCCGUGUGACCGGAUCCUGUAUGUAGUAAUAGUCUAAAGGACUCACUAAUGUAAUAUUAUUAGCCUGUAUAACAUUAAUGGGUUACUCCACCCCUAGAUAUCUUAUCCCUAUCUAAGAUGUCUGAUCGCGGGAGUCCCACAGCUGGGACCCUUGUGAUCUCUGUACAGCACUUGGCGUUCGUUUAGAAGGCUGGGUGUGGGCAGUCACAGCCACGCCCCCUCAUGACAUCCUGACCACGUGCUCUCAAUGCAAGUCUAUACCACGUCCCCUCUUAUAGACUUGCAUUGAAGGGGUGUGGCCUUGAUGUCCCGACCCCACCACCUUCUGCAAGGGGCAGUGGAGUAACCCUUUUAAUAGUAUUUAUGUAACUGGUGUAAAGCAUAGAAGUUGCCCACUGUACCAAAGUUCACAAUUUUAAAUUUUUUAAAUGCCCUCUAGUAAGUUAAAACUGUGACCCGAUUCAUAGCACUGUAUGUAGGUGCUGUGGGCAGCUGCCACAUUUUUGCCUUAGUUUUAAUAAAUAUACCCCAUUGUUUGAAAAGCACAGUAAGUAUGAGAUAACAAAUCAUGGCUGCUUUCUUCCACUAAUAGCGCCACUCUUGUUAGUGAGCUGUAGUUGAUAUUGCAUCUUAACCCCAUUUAAGUAAAUGGGGUAGAAAUGCAAUACUAUAUCAACAUAACAGCAUAUAGGAUACAGUAGCAAAAUUUCUGGAGGGAAACCGCCAUGUUUUUUCUUAAAUUAUACAACCUCUUGGAAAUACACUAUAACUGGCUUUUGCACUUUAUUUAAAUACACUUCCGGAGCAUAUCACUGGUUCUACCUAUUGUAUAGAUCCAUAUGUUGCCAUUUUGUGCCUUUGCUUUAGAAGUAUGUCUUCACUGAUUUUAUUUCCUCUCAUUCUUAAUAUUUCUAGUUAGUUUGUAGAGUAGAUCAGGCCAAUGGUAGUGUUCCGUAUUGUUUUGCCACUUCUUUCUGUACUUGCUCUGUUUCCAUCCUAAUGGUAUUGCCUGUGACUGCAGUGUAUUGUAUUGGUGAUCUGGUAUAUAACGUGUAAUCCAGCUAAAGCUGAGUAUAUGUAGAAGGUGACACUGCUUGCUUCUCCAGUUUAUUCAUUUCCAGCAUUAUCUAUUUCUCUAAUUAUUUUAACUUAUUUUGCUUUUCAUUCCUAAAAUAAAAGUGACAUUUUUUUUCUU